UUACCCUUACACAAACAAAUUUACACACUCUCUUCAUGUGCAUCAAUCUUUUCUCUCUCUGCAUUCUUUUUUACGACCAUCUUCUCCCCCUCUUCAUCCAUCGUCUCUUUCACUUAGUUCUAUUUAAUGACAAUAUCUCUUGAUCUUCAUCAUCUCUUCUCUUCUCUUCUUCAUAGACAUGGCAUUGCUCUAUCUCUUCUCAAUCCUCUCAGCGCUCUUGUUUUGCUACCUUUUCCUUAGUAGCCGGAAAACCAAGGCUUUAAAGCUACCUCCUGGCCCUAAAGGCUGGCCCUUGGUCGGAAACCUCCUCCAAAUUGCCCGUUCCGGCAAGCCCUUUGUCUUCAUUGUCAACGAAUUAAGCCAAAAAUAUGGCCCGAUUUUCACCUUAAAAAUGGGGGCUCGAACCUUGAUCGUGAUCUCGAGCGCAGAGCUCGCGCACGAGGCUCUGAUCCAAAAGGGCCAGACAUUCGCCAAUAGACCGGCUGAGACCCCGACCCGAGCCAUCUUCAGUAGCCAUAAAAAAACCGUGAACUCCGCAGAGUACGGUCCGCUAUGGCGCUCUCUGAGACGCAACAUGGUUCAAGGUAUGCUAACCCCCGCUAAGCUCAGGGCAUUCAGACCAAUACGUCGUAAAGCGCUAGACAAGCUUGUUGAGCGCCUCGCUGCAGAGUCGAAAAGCGGUUUGGUGCGUGUUCUUAGUAAUUGUCGGUUCACGGUGUUCCGUAUUCUCUUGUGUAUGUGUUUUGGUGUUGAAAUGGAUGAGAACAUGAUUGAGAAGGUUGACUCGGUGCUAAAGAAGGUGUUGAUCACUCUCGAGCCUAGAAUCGACGACUUCCUGCCGAUUCUACAAGCAAUUUUUGUAAAAAAAGUGGCGCAUGCCAAACACGUGCGAAAAGAACAACUCGAGACAUUGCUACCACUGAUCCGAUCCAGGAAGAAGACAAUUCAGAACGCCAUGUCUGCAGAGCCGGCCUACAUCGAUUCACUCUUUGACCUCGACAUGGGCCAGGGUCCACCCUCAGAGGACAUGCUUGUGACUCUUUGCGCCGAGUUCCUAAAUGGCGGCACCGACACAACUGCAACCGCAGUCGAGUGGGCCAUGGCCCACCUCGUUGCCGACUCAGAGAUUCAGACUCGGGUCCGAGCCGAAAUCGACCGAGUCUCACCGGAUCACCGGGUUAACGACGAAGAUGUUGAGAAGAUGGAAUAUCUUCAAGCUUUUGUGAAAGAGACCCUUAGGAAACACCCGCCCACUUAUUUCCUAUUAACCCAUGCGGUCACCGAAAAGAGCACAUUGGGCGGCUACGAUAUACCGGAGGGGGUCAACGUGGACUUCUAUACGCCGUCGAUUUCAGAUGACCCCAAGCUUUGGGGUGAUCCUGAGAGGUUUAGGCCUGAGCGGUUCGUGGACAAGAUGGAUGGCGAUGAUGACGCGGAUUUAACCGGGGUUAAGGGGGUGAAGAUGAUGCCCUUUGGGGUGGGGAGGAGGAUUUGCCCUGGGUUAGGUUUGGGUAUGCUUCACAUUAGCUUGAUGGUGGCCACCAUGGUGCAACAGUUUGAGUGGUUGCCCAAUCCAGCCGUGCCACGUGUCGACAUGAGUGAGAAGUUUGAGUUCACCGUUCUGAUGAAGACCCCCUUGCUUGCAAUAGCUCAGCCAAGGAAGAAGUGAGGAAGAGCAACUGAAAAAUGUAGUGCUUAUGUUAUGGAUAUAGUUUAUUGAAUUAUGGUGCUUUGAUUAUGCUUAAUUAAGGUCAAUCAAUUAUUUUUCUGAUUUUGAUGGGAUUA